UAAAAGGAAAGCCCUAGAAAGAAAUAGCCAGCUACCAGGUAAACUUUGACCUAUGUCUAUAAAUAGUAUUUUAGUCCAGUAAAACAGUAAAAACUACAUGCUUUGUCGUCCCCAAUUUUUCUGCGCCGCUUUUCCAAACCCUAGCCACCAUGGCAACCCAAUCGGUGAGCUUGUCCGCCGUGCUUCUCAAAUCACUGAGCCUAAUGAUCUCUCAUUGCUCGCUCCACUUCUUCUUGUUGCUCGUUCCCCACGCUUUCAAGCUCUCCACAGUUUUCUACCCAGCUUUGCUUAAAGCCGUCGCCAAACCAGUCCGCCAGAUACUAUUUCUCACAACACCUCCUCCUCCUACUACUUCUCAGCCUCAAAAUACCCAAUCCGCCAUUUUUGGUUUGGUCGUCUUCCUGGCUUUAUACAUCAUCCCCUAUCUCUGGGUACUGGGAUCCGCCACCAACAGCGCGCUUCGCGGGCUCCAAGGCCUACCCGCCGCUGUGAACUCCGGCAUGUCUUGGGUUCUUCCUCUGGUGUUCACACGCGUGCUUUCCCUGAUGCAGAUUGCGUCGUCCUCCUCACUGUUCCGGCUGUUGCUGGAUUUGAUGGUCCCUGUUAUUGGUCCCUAUUUCACUGCGUUCUUGGGUUUGUUUUUUCUGGUGGUCUUACAGAACCGUGACUUGAUGUGGAGCCUAGCUCCGGCCGUGGUGGUGGCGGAGUCGAAAUUGGGUCAGGAUGCCCUAGAGAGGAGCAGCGGGUUAGUAAGACAAAGGGGGCUGAAAAGAGUUGUGUGGUGUUUAAUGGGGUUUUAUGUGUUUGCCACUUGGGGGUUGGGAAUUUUGUGGAUGAAGUCGGAGGGGACAGCUAGUUUACUGCGGAGUUGGGCAUUGGGCCUCCUUGCUUCAUUCUUGCUUCUGUGGUACACGGUGGCAGUCACUGUGUUGUAUUGCAUAGCUUGUGAGGGUGAAGAAGAGGCUGAUGGCGAUGUGAAGUUGCCAAUUGAAGAUGAUGAUGAGGGUUAGGGUUUAGAGUUUAGCACUGUAGACCAAAGUUCCUAACUUUCUAUGGUUAGACCACCGAAAAGGGUAAAAAAGAAAAAACUUAAUAUGAUAGCUUAGUAGUUAUGUGAUCAAUGUAAUAGGUUUUGACAAAAGAAAAAGGAUAAAUGUAGUGGGUUGUAUCUGAAAAAAUUAACCAGCUCCAUUUAAAUGGCAUUCUGUUCUUUCUAUGAA